CAAUCCCCCCCCUCUCUGCUCGGGCGCUCAACUUUCUUGGCGCCACGCGCGCCUCUCUUCCACCUAUAAACGCCCUCACCGCCCCCCCUCUCUCUCAUCCAUCCCCAUCACCGCCGCCGCAAUCCUCCCUCAUUCACCUUCACCCAGAUCCACAGAGCGAGAGCGAGCGAGGGAGAUCGCCGGAGCAACAGGCCGACGAAGAAGACUUCAGCCGGCCGGAUCUCAGUCACCAUGGUGGUCGCGCUCGGUCCCGGCAGGUUCUACGGCGGCGGCCUCCCGCGCCCGCGCGUCUUCCCCGGCGACCGUGUCGACCCGCCGGCCCCCGUCACCGACGCGCUCCUCUGCUGGGCGCGCGACGCGCACUGGUCCAUGGGCGGCCUCGGCGCCAAGCGCCUCCGCCUGCAGGGUCGCAUCGAGGGCAACCUCGUCAAGCUCCGCCGCACCGCGCGCCGCGACGCCAGGGGCUCCGGUAAGUCCGCCAAGUCCUCCAAGGUCCGAGCCGCGGGCCACGGGCCUGCCCCGGCCACCCUCGACGACGCGCUAGGCUCCGACGACGACGAUUCGGAGGACGAGGCGGAGGUCGCGGCCCAGGAGAAGGCGCUGCGGCGCGAUGUCGUGGAUGACGACGAGGAGUCAGAGUCCGGCGAGUCCGAGGGAGAGGAGGUGCCGCUCGUCACCAUCGCCGCCGCCGCCAAGAGGAAGCGCGCCAGGAAGCUUUCCGACGAGUUCGACCGCAUCGCCGCCGCGCAGCAGGAGGACGGCAGGAAGAAGAAGCCCUCUGCCGUGGCUCCGGCCAAGGCGCCGCUGAGGAAGAAGGCUGCUUCUGCUGUGGCGGCCCCUGCUCCUGCCCCUGAGGCACCGGCGAAGAAGUCGCUGAAGAGGAAGGCGGUGGCGCCGGCGGCUGGGUCAGCGGAGAGGACCUCACCGAAGAGGAAGGCCGCUGAGGCACCGGCGGCAAGGAGGACCUCGCCGAGGUCGAAGCACUGAUGGAUAGGUGCUCCUCUCCGUCUGCAAUCCCUGUUCUUUGUUUGUCGGAUCGGUGGCUCUAGCGGUGGUGGUGUGAUCUCGGAGACGCAAUAUGCUGUGUGCUCGUCGAAAUGCUUGAAUGGAAUCUGGUGUCAUGCUUGUUUCUAUGAGUAUCAGAGUAUGAAUCAAACCCCUUAAACAUGUCUUAUCCAAUCUGAGUUAUCUUGAAAUAGUAGUUGCUGUUCAGGUAUCUGAAAAUCUUCCUAAGAACAAUUUCUGUA